AUGACAGCAACACCUAGUGGAGCUGGAGUAAUGUCGUCGAAGAUUCGAGGAGGGGUUCCUAUAGUGAAUGAGGAUAAACUAAAGGAGUAUCAGUCAUGGCAGCUAGAUUCCCGAGGUAUGGUACCUGAUGAUAUCAGGAAUGCCUUCUUCAAAGUGUUGCGAUCAAAGCCGGCUAAUCGAGCCUGUAUUGACUGCAUGACACGUAACCCAGUAUGGAUAAGUACAGGCUUUGGCGUAUUCGUGUGUUUAAACUGCUCGGGCAGGCAUCGCCAAAUGGGGGUUCAUGUAACGUUCGUAAGGAGUUGCGAGAUGGACAAGCUACCUCCUCAAUAUCUAAUUCAAAUGGAGCUUGGUGGCAAUGAGAGAGCUCGAGACUACUUUAAACAGCACAACAUGGGACCUGGAUGCUCCAAACCUAUUGACUAUCAUGGCAGAUGGGCAGCUAAGUACCGUCAGAUGCUGCAGAAAGAGGUGGAUGAGGUCAUGACGGAGUAG